GGCCACUGUCACAUUGCCCUGUAACAUGUUUUGUUUACAACUUUAAUGCACAGUAGAUUCAGAGAAUCGUGCUUGUGAUUAUUACGAAUAGGUGUUAGAUAUUCUACGAUUUACAAAUUUAUGUAUUGGACAUUACGGGUGCGCAUCAGCAAUGUAUAGACAGCAGUAUCCAGAUGAUCCUGGCAUGCACAAUAACCAAGGCAGUGGCUACAGUCAUACACGUGUAUCUUAUCGAAGGAACGCGUCAUUUUGUGAAAGAAUAAAGUCCAGUCUUGUUGCAUUUGUAGCAGGUUUAGUUUUAUUGGCAGCAGGAACUGGUUUACUAUUUUGGAAUGAGGGUAGAGCCGUACAGAGGGCCCAAUCUUUAGAUGAAGGUUUAAGUGUCAUAAUACCUUUAUCAACUACAGAUGUAGCUUUUGAGGCUAAUAAUGGAAAGCUGGUUCAUUUGUCAGGACCUUUAUUUACAGAAAAGGCUGUAACUGAUAGUGAUUAUGGUGUAACUGUUCAUGUUGUAAAGUUAAAGAGAAGAGCAGAGAUGUUACAGUGGGUAGAGGAAAAACAAGUCAGGGAGUAUAAUGUAGGUUCUGAAGUGAAAGUAGAGACAAGUUAUUCUUAUUCUUUGGAAUGGAAAGAAGAACUAAUAUCAAGUGCAUCAUUUGAUAGUUCGAUUGGACACGAAAACCCCAAAACCAUGCAUGUAAAAUCUAACAUAUUUAUUGCCAAUCCAGUACAGGUUGGAAAUUAUCAUCUUUCAGAAAAACUGAUAAGUUAUAUAAAUGUAUUUAAACCAUUGAGUAAUGAAUUGGUCAAUUUACCACAAAAUUCUGGUUUGAAAAUAUAUAUGGGAUAUGUAUAUAAUAGUUUUAAUCCUCAACAACCUAAGGUUGGUGAUAUAAGAUUGAUGUGGGAAUAUGCUGGUAUCAGUGGAAUGUCUAUGCUUGGUAUCACAGACCAGGUGAGUGUAAUAGCAAGACAGUCAGGUACACAUCUAACCAAAUAUGAAACCGAGGCUGGAGAUGAUUUAGAAAUAUUAUAUCCUGGUGUUUUAACUGCAAAGGAGAUAUUUGAACGUGAACAUGUACAGAAUAGUAUGAUGACAUGGGCUAUAAGAUUUGGAGGAUGGUUGAUUAUGUUUGUAGGUUUCGGAUGUUUAACAAGUAUUGUAACAACAUUAGUUGAUUGGAUACCAAUAGUACGAGAUCUGGUUGCUAUGGGAGUUGGUGCCAUGAAUACAGCAUUAUCAGUUAGUCUUUCUAUAACAGUCAUAGCCAUUGGCUGGAUUCGGUAUCGACCUAUGUUAGGUUUUACCUUAUUAGGAAUAGCUUUAUUACCCUUACUUGUCUCAAAAUUACGGCGAUCUCGACCCACCUCAUCAGGCUAUAAUAGAAAUUAUUAUUCUUAGUGUAAAUUAUCUUUGUAUAUAUUGUUGCUUGUAGAAUGUUUCUCCCACCUCAUCAAACUAGAAUAGAAAUUAUUAUUCUUAGUGUAAAUUAUCUUUGUAUAUUUUCUUUGUAUACAUGUAUAUGGCUGCUUGUAGAAUGUUUCCAUCCAAAAAUCAAUGAAUGCUAUUCCAUGCCAAAAUAUGCGUGAUUGUACAAUCCUCAAAAAAAAAUUUAUACAGAAUUUUUAUAGUCACCAGCUGAUGUGAAAUGUUAAUGAAGUCAAACCUCCUGUAAGGUAUAUCCUUACAUUAUCAUUAUUAAACUGAGUGUUAAAUAGGCUUUGUUUAUUGUCUGUUUCCAUCAAGGUGAUGUCACUGACAAAAUAUAUCUCGGCUUUAAUUUAUAUAGCUUUUAUUAAACCUUCACCGAAACCUUUUAUGAUAUAAUGAUAUAAUAUUCCAUCAAAUGUUGAUUGUCUGUUGAUCAGAACAAAAAUUGAAUAUUAACAUAUAUUUAAAAAGAUUAUCAUCUUAACCCUGAAAGUAUUAAUGAAGUAAGUAGAAAGCUGAUGUUUUACUUGAUCUCUUGAACUUCAUGAAUAAUAUUAGGCUUGAUCAUUCAGGUUUAUUAAUAGUUUUUAAUUUUGGUCUGAAUCAUAUUUUGUAUGUUUGUUUAUUUUUGAUGAAAUAUUAUUACAUACAUUUGUCUAUUUUUUAAAAAUUCUAAUACUUGGCAGUUCUUUUGUUAGAUAUGCAACAAUAAAUUAUAGUUAAUUAUUACUAAAAUAAUGAUAAAACGUUUCUUGAACUGCUUUAAAAAAUAUUCCUUGGAGGUCAAGAAGAAAGAGCUUCUACUAAGUGUGCAACUGCUUCCAGUCCUAGCUUUAAUAACAAUAUAAGAUGGUUUUUUUUAUAAUAUUUUCACUGAACACCAAUCUAACUAAAUUUAGAUUACAAUUCCAUUUUGUUUGGGUGGUUCUCUUUUUUGACAGUACAUUGUAAUGAACCAACUUUCUAUCAUCAUGACAUUUAUAUCAGACAAUAGUAAUCCAAAUAAUUAUUACCCUAUUUAAUCAAUCAGAAUCUUCCUCAUAUAAGCUUUCCCAUAAUUCAUCACAAUAUGCAGCCCUGUAUACUAAUGUAUGGUAGUCAGUUUGAUAUGUCAAAAAUUUCAUAUGAUGUGAAUGCCAACUUUAAACAUUGUCAGAUAAAUCAAAAUGAAAGUAGUUAUCUGAAUUUAAUCAGAUUGCUGUAUGGACCUAUAGUAGAAGUUUUGUAUUGAAACAUAACAUUUUAAUGCUUUAAAUAUUUUAGUUUUUUUGUAAUACAGAUAGCUAGCUGAUAGAUGCUUUAAUAAAUUGAUAUAUGGUUGUUAUUGUUAUAUAGAUUAACUGAUGGUAACAUAUUGAUCUAAGUUUAUAAAUUCUGUGUUAAUGUUUUGACAAUGUAUGUUUGAUAAUUUUAAAUUAUUUGUAGAUUUUAUGAUUAGUAAUGCAUUUAAAUUAUGAAAUUAUUGGUUUUAGAUUUUAACCCAGUUAAUUACAUAUAUUUAAUUUGUUUAUUUAAUAAUUGUUACAUUCCUACAAACUCCCUCCCAUCCAUGCAGUAUAAGUUAGUUGUCCCACUAUUUAAUGUUUUUGAUCACACUUUCGGUUUUGAUCACAAUUUAUGCACACAUUUGACCUCUGUAUAAACUUACAAAUGGCAUGUCUCAUACAUUUAUCUGAAUUCUUCAUCAAUGAAAUCAAAUUCGUCUUGAUAAAAAUUUACAAUUGAGUUAUUCUGAAAUCGUCAAACAGGUUGAAACUGUAUAUCAUUUGAUUUGCUUGAGAGAAAGCCUUCAUCAUUGUGAGUUGCACUAACAAUUGUUUUGAUUUUGCUUUGUAUUUUAUACAUUUGUUUAUAUUUAAACAUACAUUAUGCAAGAGCUGAAUCUGCCUAUUGCAGGUCUUUCUUUGGGCCUAAAAUGUUAUAUAUUAGACGUUUAUGAACAUGAAAAGACCUUUUAUCAACUCUCGAUGCCAUCUUAUGUGUUGGAUUUUUACUGCAUUUGAAUCCGAAUUACUGCUCAACGCUCAUUGAUGAUUUAAUCCAAAAAUGGAUAAUCGAGACUAUGUUUUUUUAUUGUACAAACUUUAGUAAUGAUGAUUGAGGCUAUGGGUAAAAUUGAAAUAUCUUGGUUCAGAGUGGAGCAAUUUGACUGCCAUCUCUUUAUCUAAUCUUCCAUAAUGCCCCUUUAAUUAAUUGAAUAAGGGUGUAGUUCUAGUACAUGUAAUAUGUAUUGUGAAUUAAAACAAUUCACUGAAGGUCUAUUGGGUAAAUAUUUGAUAUACAACUAGAUAUUCAACCACCAUAAAUCAACAGUCAUGUCAGUACUGAGCAUGGAAGGUGUGACUCUUUUCAAGUCAAUAAAUCAGUCUAAUAAGAAAAUAUCACUGUUGAAGAGAUCCACCAGCCAGACAUUGUUGAGCCAAUGGUAGUUGUUAGAGAUUUAUACCUAAAUCUUACAUAAUGUAUUGACUACUCGAACACUGAAUUAUUUAGUUUAUAGAUGAAUGAUUACAGUACUCACAUAACUUAGUAUGUGAAUAUAUUUUAUAUAAGGAUGUAACCAUUUCUAUAAAUACAUCUAUUAUUUUCUCUGAUAUUUGGGAGUGUCUGAUGUUUGAGUCAAUGUGAUAUACAUAUAUACACUGACUAUGAGGGUAUUAAGAUGAAUUGAUUCUUGCCACACUAACAUAAACCAUAAUGUAAAACUAAUGUAAUUUAUUUUAUUUUUGAAAUAAAUUGUUUUCUUUGUUUGCCAUU